AUGCUUAAGUUCUCAACUCAACUGCGCCCAUUCCUGUCUCCGAACGAUGGUCUCAUUCUUGUGAUGCUCAAGCGGAAGUACCUAGCAACGAGUUAUGCCUUUCGCCAUAACGGAGGUGCACGCUGCCUCCUGACGCGUUGUCUUCAACGAAUUCAGAAGUGCCCUAGUCGAAUCUACGUCACGCUGGUGGACCUCAAGCGGAAGUUGAAGGAGAACGCGUCCGCUAACGGGCUCACUGAAGAGGUUCUCGGGCCCCUCACGCGGAACCAAUGUCAGCGCCUCAUGGUGGACCAGGAGCCCACUUCACCGCCUCCCCGCAAGUCACGCCGCCAAACUUUGUUGUCAUUCCUACCCGAGGCGGUAAAAUCGGCCGUAACUGCCAAACCGUUGUCAUCGAUGCCCUCGCGUCCAUCUGACGAUGAAGAGGGUCGCGAGUCUCAGGGUCGCCGAAUCAAAGCCAAACGACGCAUUCCACUUUCCAACGUAUCGAUCGAGACCCCCAGUCGACCGCCAAGAGCCGCAUCCACGGACUCCGAACGAGGCAUUAACGAUCUCUUGUGUUUUCCGCUUGAUAUCGAGGAAGACACAACCGUGGUUGAUUUGGAUGCCACGCCCAAGGUGGGGACUCGAACAGGGCGUCUGCCUUCACCCUCGUCGCAGCGGGCUGAUCGUCGAAGACUGUACCAUCUGGAGCGAAGGAUGGAGUUACUGUCGUCGAAGAUACGCGAACUAGAAGCAGCCGAGAUGGACCUGGACGACUUGGAGAGCGAGGAGUCGGCCUACCUGCGUCUGGACGAUCUUAAACGCCAGCACUUGUCGGUGUGGAAACAGCUGUGCCAGCUGCGUCACAUCUCCAGACACGCCGCCAGCCUUUCGCGAUGUGGAUUUCGCUACGAGGGUACGCCAUCCUGUGUCCCCGUUGUUGCAGAAAUGUCCUCGGCCGUCAUUAAACGUCAGGCUCGAGAGAUCUUUACGGACAUUGGACAUCGCUUGAAGGAUCGCCGACAGCGCGAGUUCGAGCGUGAUCUUGGUUGCCACCUAACCGACGAGCUAGGCCACUGUCAUUUGAUUUCUCUUAUUCCAUCGGGUGUAACCUCCGCCACCGCCAUCACCACUAACACCACCACCACCAACACCAACACCUCCACCACCACCAUCACUAACACCUCCUCCUCCUCCUCCUCCACCACCACCACCACUAACACCUCCACCACCACUAACACCUCCUCCUCCACCACCACCACCACCACUAACACCUCCUCCACCACCACCACCACUAACACCUCCACCACCACCACCACUAACACCCCCUCCACCACCACCACCUCCUCCUUCUCCACUACCAUCUCCGCCCUACCACCACCACACUCCUUCCACCAUUACCAUCACCCCCUCCACCACCACCGCCGCUACCAUCACCACUGGCACCGCCGUUGCCAAUAUUACUACAACCAUUAA